GUGAACGACGUGAUUAUUUCUCUCCCAGCGAGUUUUCCUCCAGCCCAUGAAUAAAUAAAGCCUUGUUCUGGUUGGAGGACAAAAAGGACUGCAUCCAAACCCUCACGAUACAGUUAAACAAGUGGAAGUGGAGUGACCUACCGCUCUCUGCGUGUGGUUUGGGACAGAGCCGAACUGCAGGGAGUUUCUCCAGAGUGAGAGCGUUCCACACUGAGCAGAUUUUCAUCCUGGAUUUAAAGAAUUUCAGGAUCUUCAGCUGUGCGGUGAUGACCCUGUCUUAAAAUGAAGCUCAACUGAUUUCAGGAGCUCUGGAAUGUGAAGAUGUUUGAGGCGACGCUGUCAGAAUGCUUGCAGCUGUGCAUCUCCCUGGCCAUCGUAUCCAGCAUUAAUGGCAAGGUGGUGUCUACUCGGCAGGUCGAGGCGGUGGUGGAUCAGCCCUUCAACCUGAGCUGUUCGCUAGUCAAGAGCAAUAGAGACCAGGUGAAGCAGGUUCGCUGGCUGGACAUGAAGAACCAGACGCUCAUCUCGUAUGUGCCGGGCCAGCCGGACAGUGUGAGCGGGCAGCACCAUGUGGAGCUGGGCGCAGACCUGAAGGACUCCAGCAAGGUUCUCAUCAAACGCGUCAGCUACCGGGACGAAGGCUGUUACACCUGCAACUUCGACGUUUACCCCUCUGGCUCCAAGGAAGGACAGACAUGUCUCACAGUCACUGCCUCAGUGAUCCAUGGUGGGAAUAAGACAGUGGUGAGAGGUAAGCAGACGUCUCUGUCCUGUCUCUACGGCCUGCCUGAGAAAGUGCAGCAGAUUCUGUGGAAGAAAGUGGCAGGACGUGGCGUGUUUCAGGAAGUGGCGUCUUUUGCCAAACGCAGCGAUCCCAUCGUAGAGGAGUUGUACGCAGACCGGACAAGUCUCACUCGCUCUCUAUCAGACUCGCAGCUCACCUUUCAUCUUGUGAAGAUUGAGGAUGAGGGUUGCUACACCUGCCAGUUCCACACCUAUCCAGAAGGCACCAAGAGCGCCACCUCCUGCCUCACCGUGUUCGUCCUCCCCAAACCUCAGGUGAGCUACAAAACCACAUCUCCAGGUGUGAUAGAGGCGAACUGCACCGCCGUGGCUCGGCCCAAAGCUGAGAUCGUGUGGAACGUGGAGGGGGAUAACAGGACGCUGGGAGCACCGGUGUCCACUGUCAUGCAGCAGGACGACGGGACGACGCUGGUCAUCAGCACACUGACGGUACAGGCCGGCCUGCUGAAGGACGUCUCAGUCAAAUGUCUCGUCCACCACAAAGGCCUGGAGUCAGCCAUUGCCGUGUCCAUGAACACCAAGCUUGGAACAGCUCUGACCAUCCUGAUCUCGGUGACCGCAGUGGCCUUCCUGCUGAUCAUCUGCAUGUGUGUCUGCCUGUGGAAGUGUGUUCUGCGCAAUAAUAAAUAAAAGCACCUAAAGGAGGAAGAUGAUGAGUUUCAUAUCGAAAUCAGAAUACGGAUCAUUAAUCCUGAUGGGAGAACAUGGACUGAAUGGAGAGAAUGGACCUACACUCAUGUGUAAUAACCUGCUUCAGAGACGUGGGUACACCUGCAGGGGCGUGGCCAGAUGGGUGGGGCUGGGUGGGCACUCGCCAUUCCUAAAUCUGGCAGGUUAAUAACUUGUAUGAAAUAAUUAUUGACCUCACAGUGUAAAUGUAUGAAUAAACAUCGUAGUGUAAAUAUAAAACCCAUAUAACGACGAAGCGAAGUUUUAUAUUGUUUCCAUCAUCAGAUAUAAUUUUACAACGUUCAUAAUUGAGUGCUUUUACAACAACUUCCACCAAUUUUUGUAAAUAUUUUGCUUUAUAAUAAAUCCCCACCAUCUACUUAACAUUAAGCUAGGGUUAACAUAAACACCACCAUAAGCUAAUCCAAACUAAUAUUAGACAAAACUACGACUACGCUAUUUUAUCUAAUGAACUAAAACACAAAGACAUUUUCAAGACACGGUUUUCCCACGUGACGUGAACGCAGCAUACGUAUCCGUGUUUGAUUUCUCUGCAGGGUUGUGGAAAGAACCCAGAAACGAGACGUGCGGGCAGAGCUAAAACAGUGCCGCUCAUUGAUUGGUCAAGCACAAUGAUGAAUGGUCCUGAUAAUGUCUCUGUAGUGUAUUGACUGUACUUUCUGAAGGAUUUAGGAACUGAUUGACAGUUGUAUCUCAAAAUGUCAUUUUCCACAUACAGUUUGAUUUGUUUACACACGGAUUUCUCACUUAGCAGGAUUAAAAUCCAUAUCAAAUCCAUCUUUUUAAAUUAAACUUAAUAUCAAAAUAGCUCACUAUACGUGCUCACUGCAUUGCAUAUGACAUAAAAAUGGCCUUGUAGAAGGUAUGUACUGUAUCUAUCUUCUAUCAUCAUUCUAUCUUUUUUUCCCUUCUUUUUACUAAUAUUCCACCCAGUUUAGUGGAAAGUGCCAUUUGGGUAAAAAUCGAAAAUCCUGUUUAGUAGCCCUGAUAGUCCUGACCACAAACCUGAAAAAAACCCUCAGAGAUAGAAAAUGCAGACUGAAACAGGAAGUAGUGCUUUUUCUUUGCUGUCAAAUGACAUACGAAGAAACAUAAAAGCAAAAGACAAUUGUCAAGCGUUGAAAUAAAUCUAAUAGGAAUCUACUAGAUCUCCAAUGUACUGAUGGUAAUGUAAGUAAAGGGUUUCCACACUCAGCACAUACAGUAGAAUAGCACUUGAUCCAGCACAGACUGCUAUUAUAUACAUCGAUACUCAUUAAUGAAGCCACAAGAUACUAAAUCAAGGUCAUUAAAUCAUAAUAAGUUCAGCAUAUGAACAUUUUAUCACACUCUUAAUGAGAACAUUCAAAUUAUUUAAACACUGCACGUUUUCGUGUUCAUUUUGCUGCACUUUCUUGUCCGUGGUUUGAAGGAUAAUCUGACCAAGCGCUCAUCUGCUACACUAUGCUUCCAGGGAAACUUUAAGUUCAUCCAUCAUUUUAUCCAUAAAUAAAAUGCACUCCACGAAAUAAGCCAUCUGAUGAAGCUGUGUCUCGUCCGGUGUCUUCUUCAUAAAAUUCAUAUUUAUGUAUUUAAUAUCGGCAUCGAAUGACAUUCCGUUGCGUUUUUGAGUGUUUUUACUGUCAGACGGUGGCGCCGGACUUAACACUGCUCCUCACUCCAGCCGAUAUCAUGCGAGCAAGAAAACAGGAGCAUAUAUUCAAGCACACCUGAGACACGGCUUUAGACAAACUCCGCCCACGUCUGCGUGACUCUCGCGUAUCUUCUGAAUAGUAUGUAGUUACAUCUGAAGUUACUGUUACAUACUGAUGUGCACAGUUUCAGUAAUAAAUUUGUAACUCAGCUCUGAACUGCAACCUGUUGUCAUUUGCUGUGGGACGACAACAACAACAACAACAACAACAACAACAACAACAACAACACCUUUUCUGAGACUAACAUUGGCACAGUGCAGUCCUGAAGUAGGUGUUAAACAAAUUAGUUCAUGUUCUCACUUACGUCAUAGCAGCUGUAAAUAGUCGUUCCCUCACCAUCCCUCUCUUUUAUUCUCUCUCUCUUUCUCUCUCCCCCUCUCUCUCUCUCGCUCUCUCUCAAAAUGAAAAAGACAAAAAAAAAUAAUAAACCUAGCCAAUUAUGUUACCGGAAAACCGCAAAGAAGUGUACACUCCUGACACUGGAGACUCCUUCCAUCAACCCUUAGUGAUACUCUCAAGCUCCUUUUAUCUCUCUUUCUUUCACAUAAUGACACAAUUAUAUUACAUAAAAUAUUUAAUACCACAUUUUGACAUAAACAUGACAUAAAUCCCCGGGGAUUGCUUUGAUAAAAAAACAACAACUAUAGGAUGUGUAUGAAUCUGUAGGUACUUUUUAAAUAAAGCGUUACUGAAUAUUCCUAAAACGCAUGCAUGUUUUUAUGUGUGUUUUUUUUUUUUUAUUCAAUUUCACCAUCUGAUCAGUUUAGCUGGAGCUCUAGAUGAAGAUGUGAAACAGUUUCUCCUGCGACAGACAUCUUCAACUCAAGCUGUAUUUCCUUAAUAUCUGGACGUAAUGUUUUAUAUGUUCAACAUUAUUCACUGACGUACUCCAGUAAACUACAAGACUAAAUGUUUGAAUGAAAUUUGAGUGGAAAUGCUUAAUAAGAGCAUUAUCUAUUGUGCGAUAAAUACAGUAUGAAUGUAUGAUGUAUGAUGGCUACAGUACUUUUUACCACAUCAAAUAUUAAAGUUGCAAAUAUUAAA